AUGCCUCCCCCACAAAAAAACUAUCAUACUGCUGCUCCAGAUACAGCCACAGCAAUUGACCGGACUCAUGGCGACUUUCCUGUAGCUGGGGACUCCGAUGAAGAAGUAUACUUCAAGACGCAUAAAGAGCCCUCGUACUUGAGUGAGAUCGAAGAGCAAACCAGACAAUUCGUCCAAUACCACAAAGAAAAGACAGGCAAAAGAAUUGCUUUGGUUACCUCUGGUGGAACUACCGUACCUUUAGAGAACAACACUGUUCGCUUCAUAGACAACUUUAGUGCUGGAACAAGAGGUGCUACCUCAGCUGAAUACUUUUUGGAAAAUGGAUAUGCCGUGAUAUUCUUACACAGAGAGUUUUCUUUGCUUCCUUACUCGAGACAUUACAGUCAUACAACCAACUGUUUCUUGGAUUACAUGAUUGAAAAGGACAACAAGGUCGAGAUCAACCCCGAGUUUGCAGACCAGAUGCUUUUGGUCUUGAGAAAGUAUCAAGAAGCUCAAAGCAGCAACUCGCUCUUUUUGGUUCCUUUCACAACCGUCAAUCAGUACUUGUAUACCUUGAAGUCAAUGUCCACAAUCUUGCAGCUGUUAGGCACCAAGGCAUUGUUCUAUCUUGCUGCCGCUGUGUCUGACUUUUUCUUACCAUCGUCGAGAAUGCCUCAACACAAAAUUCAAGCACAGCCCAGUGGUAAACUUGUGGUUGAUUUGGAGCAAGUUCCUAAGUUUUUGAGAAGAUUGGUCGACUCUUGGGCUCCACAGGCUAUGAUUGUCUCUUUUAAGCUAGAGACAGACAACUCAAUUUUGCUCAAGAAGGCAAGUGACGCGUUAUCCCGCUAUCAGCACCAGCUUGUCAUUGGAAACUUGUUGCAGUCAAGAAAAAGUGAGGUUGUGAUUGUUACUCCAGACGGCCAGCAAGACUGGAUCAAGUUAACGGACGAGGAGAAACAAAAGAAGGUUGAAAUAGAGUCGCUCAUCAUACCAGCAGUGAGAGAGAAGCACGAUGCUUGGAUGAAGGAAUGGGAACAAAGUAGUAAAAACUGA